ACUUCGGUCCUAGCCGGAAUUUCCGGUCUGAGAAAAUGAUUACUGAAUAUCAACUUCCCCAAAGAAAUGCUGAUGUUAUCAUAAAGUGUCUUUCAGACCGAGAACUAACUAGUGCAUACAUCUCGGUGAAUUGGCCAUAAGCCAUUAUAUAAUCAAAAGUUAGAAUUAAAUCGCUGAAGAAGUAGCUAUUUUCCAUAAAAUCCAAGUAGUACACUCCCUUGUAGAUUUAUAAAUUGGCGGUAAAAACUUGGAAAUGAAGCGGAAACCACUUUAUGGGACAAGGUACCAGACAAAGCUAGGGUCAUGUAAACAGGUAACAAGCUUGUGUUUUGGCAUGUAUGCGGUAUUAUUGUCUCUGGUGUAAAAAAUCUUUUUAAACAAAUGGAUCGUUAUAAAGGACAAAGUAGCAAAAAUCAAUCCAAGAAAAAUUCCACGGUAGAAGAUAUUUGUAAUCUAGUAAAAAAAAGAGGCUUAUUUGACAAAAUAAGAAAGGAGGUUUUUAAAGAUGCAGAAAAUUCGCCUGAUUUAGAGAGAUUAAAGAGCCGUGUUCGGGAUUACGUUGAAUCUUUCACAGCUAAUGUCCGUUGGCAUCCAGGUUUAAAUAGAAGCAAAUUAAGGGAAGAAUUGAAACAAGAAUUGAUGAAAUCUAAAACAUUAAGUAGAGGAGUCGACAACAUUAUUCGUGAUCAUUUAAGACCAACAGUUAACAAAUACAGAAAAGAUCAUGACAAAAUAGCUUGCGAAGUUUUUGACGUAACUUUCGAGGAUUUUGAAUCAAGAGAUAAAUAUUUUACGGAAUAUGAAAGAAAUCAAAUUGGAGAACCAUAUUAUACACCGAAUACCACUGCUCAUCCACCCCCUUCGUUAAGAGGUCCUCCUUCAGCUACAAAUACGCCUGUAAACCUGUCACCUGGGGCUGCUAUUCAUCCUAUUCCACAGCAGAAUGUUUUUCCAUCACCUCCAAGUAUUCCUAGAAUGCCUUCAAAUAUCAUACCUAAUAUGGGAUGGUCGAAUCAACCGCCAUGUCCGCCUGUCGUUCUGCCGCCUCCAGAGGACAUAGGUCCCAAUAUAAAGCCACCUUUACCACCAUUACCACCACCAUCUCCUCCAAAGCCAGAUACUCCUCCUCCUCCACCUGAACAACCGCCCGCGCCUCCUGUUGAGGAGGAGACUAUCUAUGAACAAAUGGAAACUCAAAUUAUUUCAUCUUUCGAAAACAAACUACCUGACCACAUUAAGCUUGAAGAUAAUUUAAUAGAGACACCGAAAACAGAGAAUUUAGGCGUUAGUCACGAGGACGUAGAUAUGGAUAUUGAUACAGAUGAAGAGAAACCGUUGAUUAUGCCAGAUAUACCAAAAGAAGACGUUGCUAAAGAUGACGAGAAACAAAAAGAAGAGAAAAUUUCUCCAUGGAAAAAUCAAGUUGCUCAAUUUGAGGAUUUACAACUCAGCGAUGUGACUGUAAGCUCUGUCCACACAAGUGACAUAUCUCUCACUUCGUCUGAUGAUGAUAAAGAUGUUGAAAAAACAAAAACUCCCGAGCAGAAAAAAGAAAAGAAAGAAAAGAAGAAACGAAAGAAGCAAGAAACUGUGGCAGAAAGGCAUUGUAGACCACAACGCAAACGAAUCGUCAACAGAAAAUAUGCUUCAAAAGAUUUUUCGUCAUUUUAUAACGAAUUAGAAAAUACAGAUUCCGAUGCGGACAACAAAGUAACAUCUACGUCCUCUAAAGAUAAGAAGCCUCAAAAACAAAGCCCAUACUCUUCGUCGACACCUUCUCCCUACUAUGUCGCUGAGGAACAAGCAGAAGCUGCACCUAAAAAACUGGAACGAACGACAAAAAAUCCAGAGGUUGAUACACCUAAAGAGGAAAAACCAGCCAGAGAACCAUCUCCUAAUCCGAAAGGUAGCUCUAAACGAUACGACUCAUCAGAUUUGUACAAACCACGCACAAGCCUACGUCGAUCUCGUCGACAAUCGUCUCCAAAGUUCGAUGAUACUGAUGUUUACGCCCCAUAUAGAGGAUCUGAAAGGGCUAAGUCUAAUAAUAAAACUGUUUCGAGAAGAUCAUCCUCAAAAUCUGAAUCCAAAAAGUCAAAUAUCAACACGCCAGACUCUCCUGUUGCAAACGAACCCACUGAAUCAAGUACUGCGAUUAAAACUAGACUGGGUCAACGUUCAUCAGGUAUUCCCACAGAUCCCAGAAAGAAAGCUAAAGAAAAAGUUUACGAAAGUGUAUCCGAAGGGGAAUUAAUUGAUGAUGAUGAUGAGAAAGAUAUUAGGAAAGAGAAGAAAACUCAAAAAGUAACUAAGCCUCCAAGACGAAAGUCGGAAGAGGAAGAGGGCGAAAUAACUGAUGGAUCUCUAUCUUCCAUAUCGUUAGACCCUAUUUAG